UCAUACAGGAGGAUUUGGGCAAAUAACAAAGGCGGUUUGGUCCAAAAUUAAUAAUUAUGUUAUUUGUAAAAAAUUGACUAAUACAAUUGAUAUUGAAAAUGAUUUGCUAGAUGCAUUUGUUCAUGAAUUAAAAAUGCGUUUUCAUCUUAAUUAUAGUGACAGAUUUAUACAUUGCUUUGGCAUUAGUUUAGACCAAAAUACAAAAGAGUAUCUUCUUAUUAUGCAGUAUGCCAAUGGUGGAGAUCUUCAAAAUUAUCUCAAAAAUAAUUUUAAGAAUUUGACUUGGAAUGAUAAGAAAAAAUUGGCAUUUCAAAUUGCAGAUGGAUUAGAUUACUUGCAUAAUGAAAAUGUUUUGCAUAGAGAUCUUAAUUCUAAGAGUAUAGUUAUUCAUGAAAAUAAUGCUAAAAUUACAGAUUUUGGUAUUUCAAAAAAUUCAAAUAACCAAAUUUCAACUGCUCAUAUUGGUAAUUUUGGCGUUAUUGCUUAUAUGGAACCACAACGCAUUUUAGAUCCAAAAUUUCCAUAUACUAAAUCUUCAGACAUUUAUAGUUUUGGAGUAAUAAUGUGGGAAAUUUCUAGUGGAUGUCCUCCAUUUAAAAUUUGUGAUAAUAAUAUUGCACUUGCUGUUUCUAUUAAUACUGGUGUUCAUGAGGUUGUGAUCCCUGAUACUCCUAAAGAAUAUGAAAAACUCUACAAACAUUGUUGGAGCCGAGAACCUGAACAAAGGCCAACUAUUAAGGAAGUAUUGGAUGAAUUCGAAAGAAUGGGAUUUGUUAUUAAUGUCGCAAAUAAAUCAAUCAAAGAAUUGCAAACUAUGCAAACUACUAGUAGUGAAUCUUUGGAAUAUGUUCAAUCCUCUAAUUUACACAUUGAUUUGCACAAUUAAAUUGACUGACUCAUUAAGGAUGAAAAGUUUUAGUAAACGGUUUACUGCAAUUUUAAUUAGGUAAUAUCAAAUAUCAAUUACUAUUUUAAAAAAUGCUCAAUACUAGUAGCUAAAAGACAGGCAUAAAUAGUGGUUGGUUAUACAAAAAUACAAUAUUUUAUAAAAGAAAUUAUUUUUAUCAAGGGUUAUUUAAUUAAAAUUUAAAUAACUCUUGAUAACAAUUUCCUAUUUUUAAUGUUAAAAGUAUAUAACCAGAAAACAGAAACCGUUAUGGGCCCGGAGCGAUAAAAUUUUUUACCAUCUAUUUAUCUUUUUUAUUAUGUAUCACAAAUUUU